AUGGACCCAACCCCCUGUCUGAAUGGAGCAACCUGUAAUAACUAUGGACUUCUAUACAACUGCUCCUGUGCUUACGGCUUCCAAGGAUUCAAUUGUGAAGAAGAGGUGAAUCCAUGUCGGGAUGAACCUUGUUUGAAUGGAGGUACUUGUAUGAAUCUGAUAGAGACUUACACCUGUGCCUGUGGGGGAUCCUUCAUGGGCAGAAACUGUGAAAUAGAGUAUGGAAUCUGCUAUACCUCUGGUGAUCCUCACUACAAGACCUUCGAUGAUCUGAGGCACAACUUUCAAGGAAGCUGUUCCUACGUCCUCACCCAGGAUUGCUCUUCUACAAAUCCACUCUUCAAAGUGAUUGUAUCAAAUAGAAAGAGAUCUCAGACAGCAGCAGUAUCAUAUACAUAUGAUGUUAAAGUCAUCCUAAACCAAACGGAGAUACACCUAGGUCCCAGCCUUGAUGUAGAUGUAAAUGGUGUGAUUGUCAGCCUCCCUUCUGAAAGGCCGGGUGUUAGGAUUUCAGUUAGUGGCAUCUAUGUGCAAGUAGUAUCAGAUGUUGGUCUAUAUGUGCGAUGGGACGGAGACAGCAGGGCAGAGGUAAAAGUGACAUCAGGCUUCAAGAACAAUACCUGUGGUCUAUGUGGAAACUACAAUGGAAUAGGUACAGAAGAGGAUGAGUUUCUUACACCAACAGGAAACUCAGUGUCCAAUGAAGCAGCAUUUGGGAACAGCUGGGAAGCUUACAAUGAUCCAGAGUGUGUUCCACUUGGAGAUGAAAUCAACCCAUGCCUGAGCGCUAGUGAGUCUGUGGUUCUAGAGGCCCAAAGCAAGUGUGACAUCAUCCAAAAUUCUGAAGGUCUUUCAGAUUGCUAUGCUGUAUUGGAACCUACCCCAUACUUUAGAGACUGUGUCUAUGAUGUCUGUGCGUCACCAGAAGAUGGCGAUACUGCACUUUGUAAUGCAAUGGCAUCAUACACUCAAGCAUGCAGAUACUUUUAUGUGGACAUUCCUUCAUGGAGGAAUGCAACUCUCUGUCCCUUGACCUGCCCAUCAAACAGCACCUAUGGCAAUUGCAUCUCUGCCUGUCCUCGCACCUGUUGGGAUUACCAAGACCCUGAUCGCACCUGUUACGACCUAUGUGUUGAAGGUUGUGCCUGUGAUGAAGGGUUUGUCCUAGAGGACCUUCGGUGUAUUCCAGAGAGCGAGUGCGGAUGCGUCACAGAUGGAUUAUAUCUCACAGUUGGCAGUAAUCUUUUGACUCCAGACUGUUCAGAAUACUGUGAGUGUAACCCUGGUGGUAGUAUCAACUGCACCCAGGUAUCCUGCGAUCCCAAUGCAUCUUGUGGAGUGGUGGAUGGGCAGACACGCUGCAUAUGCAAUGCUGGCUACGAUUCUGUUGGCUAUGGAUUCACCUGCCUCGAUAUCGACGAAUGCGAAAGCAGCCCUUGUGCAAACGGGACCUGCAUCGAUGAAGUCAAUGGCUAUACCUGUGACUGCACACCAGGCUGGACGGGUAAACUCUGCGCUCAGAAGGAUGAAUGCUACUCAGACCCCUGUCAAAAUGGAGCUACUUGCAGGGAUGGUGUGGAUAGGUUCACAUGCAUUUGUGCUCCAGGCUGGACAGAUGAAUUUUGUGGAACAGACAUUAAUGAAUGUGCAGGCGACCCUUGUGCCAAUGGUGGAAUCUGUAUUGAUAAACUCGCUGCCUAUGAAUGUAAUUGUACUGUAGGAUGGGAAGGACAAAACUGUGAAAUAGAUAUUAAUGAGUGUGCCAGCAUUCCAUGUUUGAACGGAGGUACUUGCUUUGAAUUUAUUGGAUUCUACCGGUGUUCAUGCCCAUCUAUUUACUCUGGAGAUAGAUGUGAAAUAGAUACAUCGCCCUGUGCAGAAGACCCUUGCUUGAAUGGUGGAACGUGUGUUGGGUUGAGUACGGCAGUCUACAAGUGCAACUGCAUUGCUGGUUAUGUAGGAGAAAACUGUGAAGUGGAUGUGAAUGAAUGUUUCAAUGACCCCUGUCUAAAUGGGGGUACUUGCAAUGAUCUGGUUGACAUGUAUCAGUGUGAGUGUGUCAUCGGAUUCGCUGGUGUCAACUGUGAAGAAGAUGAUCGCCCUCAACUGGAGAUCGUCCGAAUCUGGAGCGAUGCUAUCACCGUCUACUGGACUGUGCUCAUCGAGGUCGAGUGGUUCAGGUUUGAGUAUCGGAAGGCUAACGAUUCAGAGUGGAUCACUAGUGACCUUAUGAGCGGAGAAAGACGUCUGUACAGUCUUAUUGGUCUUGAGAGUGAGACCAUCUAUGAACUGCAGCUUGUGAUGAGGAGGGCUGUAGGGGGGAGCGUGGCCACCACUGUACCGAUCACAGUUGUGACUUGUCAAAGAGGUUUCAGUGGGGAAAACUGUUCCCAAGAUGCAACAGACCUGCCAUUCAACAUACAAAUCCAGACAGCUCGGACCAACUCUCUCACGGUGACUUGGGAUGCGGACUUCACCCCUCCCACCAACAACCGGAUCCAGCUCCAGUAUCGACGCUAUGGAACCACCACCUGGAUACCCGGACCAAGGGUUGUCGAUGUCUCCCAGGGCAUAGCCGAUAUUCCUUCCCUGAGAGGAAACGAGUACUACGAGGUCAGGAUCUAUGUAGGAGAUCUGGACAUACAGCUUUUUAAUUACUCCUUGGUUAACAGGUUCUAUACGUGUGAGCCCAACCGGGUUGGACCAAACUGUGAAAAUGAAUACCGGAUCUGUACUAUUUGGGGAGAUCCCCACUACAUCACCUUUGAUCAAGUCUCGUACAACUACCAGGGAGACUGCGAAUACACCCUGGUAACCGAUGACUGCAUGGCCUCAGAGAACCCUGGCACCUUACCGAGCUUCCAUCUGUGGAGUGACAAUGUGAAGCGUUUGCCCUCGGACAGGGUGGCUUACCUUCGAGAGAUCGGGCUGGAGCUGGAUGGGACGUUGUUUACUGUUGAGAGAGACCAUGUCCUUAGGAUUGAUGGAAUCAACGUGACACCCCCACUGAGGUCUGGACAGGUGUUUAUUUUCUACACCGGAUCACAUACAAUCAUUGCAACUGACUUUGGACUACGCAUAAAAUAUGAUGGAGGGUUUAGAGCUGAAAUUACACUUCCAGAUACAUACAAGAACAUUACUUGCGGUCUGUGUGGUACAUAUGAUGACCUGCAGGAUAAUGAGUAUACUAAGAAAAAUGGUCUGGUGGUGACAUCUGCCCGUGAGUUUGCCAAUAGUUGGACUCGAUCAGAUUGUGAUAUUCCAUUACAAGAUGAUACUCCAUGCUUGGAUGAUGGAACAAGGACUCAGGCAGAGGAACUCUGUAGCAUUCUUAUCGAUGAAGGUGGUGAGUUGUAA